GGACAUAACAUUUCUGUCGUGCGAGGUGAGGAGACAGGGACGUCGAUGUUGGUGUUCCAUCUUCCUUUGUGCUCUCGCUCUCCUUCCACCUCCCAGCCCGCAGCUUCUCCCACCUGGACUUCAUCUACACUCCACUUCUGACUCAGUCGAUCUAGCGUGGCCGAGCUGAGUACCAUCUUCUGAAAGGUCGUCAGAUCGAAGGUGUCGCAGCAGAGCGCGCGGUUAACAUCAUGAGGAACAACGUGAGCUCAAGCUCUUGGCUGCCCCUGCGAGCCCAGCAGCAAGUCAUCUCGGACGACAAACUGCUGCCAUCGAACAUGACCGCAGGCGGAAGAACCGACUCCAGGCCCAGCGGCCCUCGCAACCCGACGAGCCAGCGAUACUUUGAUCACGCGUCUGCCGAUCGCGUCAAUACCGAUGUGGUGAUCGUGGAAAGCAUUCGCGCCGAGUACCCCGAGCUACACCUGACUGUUGUCCCCAAGACAAGCUGUGAUGUGCUCGGCUUCGCUGCGGCAGGACAUGCUGGUGUAUCGCCACUUGGCAACAUCAAAGACCGCCUGUCAUGGCGCAUAUAUGUACCGCCAGCCUCGAGGCUGAAUGGUAAAGGAUACACAGGCGAUCAGGUCAAGUUUGGGAAGUACCUCGUGGAUUGGAGGAACAAGGAGUACAUUGUGUACGUCGCAGAAGGAAGAGAUGGAGGUUCAGCAUACCCAGUUGUGACCAACCAGUACAUCCUUUCUCCGUCAGUGGAAGCAUCGAACACUCUGGUGCUGGAGGCUGGAUCGUGGGGCAAUACACUACACAACGAGAUAUGGGUGUUCGACGGUGGCUACUGGCAGAAGAGCGCUGAGCUGUUCAACAGUGUGCGGAAGGCGAGCUGGGACGAUGUCAUCCUCGAUGAAGGUAUGAAGAAUGCCAUUCGAAACGACGUCGAGAACUUCUACGAUAGCCGAGACACGUACGAAAAGCUCAAAGUCCCCUGGAAGCGAGGAAUCAUCUAUUAUGGACCUCCCGGAAAUGGCAAAACCAUCAGCGUCAAAGCAAUCAUGAACACGCUGUACAGCCGAGACGAUGCAGUCCCGACUCUCUACGUCAGAACACUUUCCAGCUUUGGUGGUCCAGAGUACAGCAUAUCUGAGAUCUUCGCGCUCGCGAGAAGGACUGCACCUUGCCUUCUUGUAUUCGAGGAUCUGGAUUCCAUCGUGACGGAUAAUGUUCGUUCCUACUUUCUGAACGCGAUAGACGGUAUACAAAAGAACGAUGGCAUCUUGAUGAUAGGCUCAACCAACCACUUGGACCGGCUAGAUCCAGGAAUUGCCAAACGACCUUCCCGCUUCGAUCGCAAGUACCUAUUCCCGAAUCCUGACGAGAAGGAGCGGUCGCAAUACAUGAAAUAUUGGCAAGCUAAGCUCGCAGACAACAAAGAUGUCGACUUCCCGGACACACUGUGUCCUGCCGUGGCCAAGAUCACCAAAGGGUUCUCCUUCGCCUAUCUGCAAGAAGCCAUGGUUGCCAGUCUUCUAGCACUUGCGAGAGAUGCGGAUGGCAAUUCCAAAGUCUGCCUUGACUGUCUGGAAGCUCAUGCAAGACCGGAGAAUGGCAGAAUAUGCGAUCGUACAAGCGUCAGGCCAUUCAAGGGACUGUACGACUAUGUGUGGCUAAUUAGACGUGUGGAAGAAGAUGACCCAGAUCUCGAGAAGAAUAAGCUAUGGAUUGAAAUCAGGAAGCAAGUGAGAAUACUGAGAGAAGAGAUGGGUGACGAUGAUGAGUAAGUGGGCAGCUUACAGCGUCGCAUCUAGAACACACAAGUGUAACGACGACAUGCACGAUACCGACAUGUGCCUCGACCAGAUCCUCUCUGCUUCUGACUUGGGAGAGUCCAUGUUUGGAAUAACGGUUGCGGUUACGAAAGCAUGUUUCCAAGAAGGUCCAAGGUCCAAAUAUAUUCUAAAACGCCUACGCGACUAACGUUGAACCCUAAACACCUUUAUGGCAACCCACAAGUCACUACACUACUUCUACAGUACAACCACAAAGGGGCUGCAUGUUUGGACGUUACACUUGAGGAAUGAAAGUGGCAGCGCAGCAACAUCGACGCCAAUUGGGUUAGUCGAUGUGACCGAAACUAUGGUGUCGCUACCGAUCUGCAGCUACUGCACUACUCAUCACGCCUCAUGCUGUGUUGCUGUAUGAGAAGCUGCAGGAGAAGGACUCGACAUCGCAGGUAAGUCAGUCUUCAGGUCAGUAUAUAUUCUCCUCUGUCGACCUGCUUCCUGCUUUUGUUCCUGCAGACAUCGCUGGCAUCGUACUCUCGCAAUCCUCGUUUUUUUCCACCUUCGCUCCAUCAUCAAAACCCUUCGUUCGUUCACAUUUCAUUUCACUUGAUACUUAAACACGACCUACGAAUAGAUUUCGCCACGAUCAAGAUGACUUUCGGCUUGGGAUUCCCUGUUGGUGCGGGCGCUGGCGCCGGUUUCGCUGGUGGCGCGGGUCUCGCUGCUGGUGCCGGUCUGGUCGCUGGCGCCGGUCUGGCUUCUGGCGCUGGUGUGGCUGGUGGCGCUGGCCUGUCUGGCGGCGCGGGGCUAUCUGGUGGUGCAGGUGCUGGACUCCACGGCGGCGCUGGCGCUGGUGCCGGUGUGGCUACUGGCGUUGGUGC